AUGGCAGUUCUGACGGGCACCGUGGCGAUACUCGGUCCAUCCGGCGCCGGUGUCGACGCUCGCGAACGCACUCGCGGCACCACAGGCGCCGAUCGACCUCGAGACCGGCCGCGUUCCGAACUGGCGACGGAAAGGGACGCCACACCACGGUCACAGAGAGAACUGAUCCCCUUCUCCGGCGCCCGGACGUUGAUCGACACCACCCGGCCUGCGAGGGGUUGGCAUGUGGAAUGCGGCGGAGGGAAUCGACAAGACGUUCCCCGAGAUCGAGGAACUGAUUGCAGAGUGCCGGUUCUCGGAUUGCGCACACAACCCCGAGCCGGGAUGCGCAGUCCUGACCGCACUCGGGCGCGGCGAUCUGGACGAGCGGAGACUCGCGAGCUACCGGAAAUCCUAGGCAGCGAGAACGCGUGGAACGCCGCGCGAAGCGAUGCUCGUCUGCAGGCAGAGGACGCGGGAGAGAUCAAGGUGAUCUCCCGCCAUCUUCAAGAGUCACUACCGUGGUCGGGACCGGUAGCGAAGAAAGCCUGGCAGCAUGGGGUGGAUCCCGACGAGAGGACCAAGCUUCAGCGUGCGGUAUCCGAGGUGGUCGAGACCGCCGACCGUCGCAACGCCGAUCGCACGCAGCAGAUCCUCGACGCUGCGGACACUCACGUGACGAACUGGCCGAGGCCCGCGGUGACAUCGCGGGCCUCCGGACCAGGGGAUCGACGAGCUGGAAUUUCCGGAACACACUCAGGAUCGUCGCGGGAGGCUUUCACCGAACGCGAGGGGACCGUCGCAGGUUUCGACGUGUUCUCCGGCCUUCCGGAGACCUGGCGCACCUGGUUCCCGCGCAACUUGUUCCGGGCCCUUCGAGAACACCUUGCCCUCGUUCCUGAACGACGAAUCCGGGCCCCGCUGCGUUCCUGCACUUCGACGCCGACCUCUACUCGUCCACCAAGACCGUGCUCGAUCCUCGGCGACCGACUGGUCCCCGGGUCGAUCGUCGUCUUCGACGAGUUCUUCAACUAUCCCGGAUGGCAGCAGCACGAAUACCGGGCGUGGACGGAGUUCGUCACACGCACCGGCAUCUCGUUCGAAUACCUCGGGUACACCGUCGACAACGAGCAGGUCAUCGUCGAGAUCACCAGCGAUGAGAAUCACUUUCGUACAGACGUGCCCAGUUCCUCUCGACUCGUAAGUUCCGGCAUCGCAGCACGGUACUUCGCCGACACGGCAGGUGCUUCCUUCUGGAAUCGACGCAGUAGCUUCACCGUUCGGGUCAAGAGAGCACGCGCCGUAGCCUUGUCCCGCUGCCGGAUACGUACCCCCGACUGCGAAGCAUCGGUGACGAUUACCUGGUCGAACUGCGAGAUGUGCCACCAGUGCGCAUCCUCGCGCGGAAUAUUGACCAAACCGCCACGGAAUCACUCGCAUCAGGCUCGGUUCACCACCGGCACGCUCGGUGUGGAGUUCGUCCGAGGCGAUCGGGGCAGUAGCCGCAUCGUGUUUGAUCGUCUCGGCAUACUGCGCUCUGGCCGGCACGGAUGCUUGCCAUGUCCUCGAUGCCGCGUCCCGCAACGCUUCCGGACCGUCGAGAUAAUCCCCUCGAUGCCCUUCAACGCGUCG